AUGAGUGUCACUCUUAGACCUCCUUCACUCCAGGUAAGCGUCCCAAUCGAUGCUCCAGCAUACUCAGACGGAGCAAAAAACGGCUUGUCGGAUGGUUGCCUGCGAUCAAGCUCCUCGACCCCGACUCUCCGGCGCAAGCGCUUCAAGAUGCGCCGCAUGAGGAACGUGCCCAGCGAGAGGGAGAUCGAAAGAGGGCGGCUGAACAGUUGCCUCCUCUCGACUCGGUCCCACUCGGGCUCAAAGGAGUACCUCCAGCUGCCUUCCAUUGAGAUCACGCCAUCCAGCGACGAAGAUGCCCUGUCUUCCUGGUCCAGCUGCUCCACGCCCAGUGCCUCGCCUCGCCGCAAGCGUUUCCUGUUGAGGAAGUGGCUGAAGGUCCGAGAGAAGAAGGAGCAUGUCAGUGAGAGCAGCAGCCAGCAAAGCAGCCAGCAGAGCAGCCAACAGAGCAGUCAUGAGGACGACAGCACUCGGUUCCUGACUCCAUUAAUCCUAGAAGAGAGGUCUGACAGUGCAGCGGACAAAUUCAGCACUGCCAGUAACUCAAACAAGAGCACACCUGCCUGCUCACCAGUGCUACGCAAACGCUCACGCUCUCCCACGCCACAGACCCAGGAGGGUGAGAACAUGGUGGAGAAGGGUUCGGACCACUCCUCUGACAAGUCCCCCUCCACGCCCGAGCAGGUCGUCCAGAGAACGUACUCGCUGCAGUCAGCACGAAGCGGGGGAAAAAACUCCAAGUCUCACAAGCGACUUUCCAAAAAGAGCCAAAGCUGGUACAAUCAUGAAAGACAACACAUCCUGAGAGUGCUGAGCCCGACAUACAAGCAGCGCAAUGAGGACUUUAGGAAACUCUUCAAGCAGCUCCCCGACACAGAGAGGCUCAUUGUGGACUAUUCCUGUGCUCUUCAACGGGACAUCCUCCUGCAGGGACGACUCUACCUCUCUGAGAACUGGAUCUGUUUCUAUAGCAACAUCUUCCGCUGGGAAACUCUGCUGACAGUGCGGUUAAAGGACAUCUGCUCAAUGACUAAAGAGAAGACUGCCCGCCUAAUUCCCAACGCCAUCCAGGUCUGCACAGACACUGAGAAGCACUUUUUCACCUCGUUUGGAGCCAGGGACAGGACGUACAUGAUGAUGUUCAGACUGUGGCAGAACGCACUGCUCGACAAGCCCCUGUGUCCCAAAGAACUUUGGCACUUUGUACAUCAGUGCUAUGGCAACGAGCUCGGCCUCACCAGUGAUGAUGAGGACUACGUUCCCCCUGAUGACGACUUCAACACCAUGGGGUUCAGUGAAGAGAUUCCCAUUGAAGAGAAUGAGAUCAACAAUGAUAGCUUGUCUAAGAGCAGCAUUGAGGCCAAGCCUGACGGAAGCCCGUUCCCCAUUCAUAAGAGCGUAGUCCCGAACAGCACCAUCCCCAGCCCAGGCAACCAUGACACGCCCAUCACAUUCGACCUCCCAGCAGAGGAAUAUGCAGACUGCUUACCAGAUGGUGAACUGCUGGCUUUGCCCCUAAUGGUGGAAGAGAGGAACUACGAUACCAGCAGGCCUGGUGGUCUUGUACCCUCACCCUCACUCGACUUCAACGACAACGAAGACAUCCCCACCGAGCUCAGCGACUCCUCGGAAACACACGAUGAGGGUGAGGUCCAGGCGUUCCAUGAGGAUCUGCAUGGCAGGCAGCACAUCAACGAGAUCUACAAGUUCAGCGUGGACAAGCUGUAUGACAUCCUCUUCACUGAGUCACAGUUCAUGAGUGACUUCAUGGACCAGCGGCGGUUUUCAGAUGUGGUCUACCACCCAUGGAAGAAGGGGGAUGCUGGAAACCAGACCAGAGAGAUCAUGUACACCAUCUCUCUGUCUAACCCCCUAGCCCCCAAAACAGCCACAGUCACUGAGACUCAGACUCUGUACAAAGCCAGUCAUGAGAGCGAGUGUUACAUCAUCGAUGCUGAGGUCAUCACGCAUGACGUGCCCUACCACGAUUACUUCUACACUCUGAACCGCUACAUGCUCACCAGGGUGGCCAAGAACAAGUGUCGGUUACGGAUAUCAACGGAGCUGCGCUACAGAAAACAGCCGUGGGGGUUGGUCAAAGGCUUCAUAGAGAAAAACUUCUGGAGUGGGCUGGAAGAAAACUUCCGCCGUCUUGAGUUGGAACUGUCCAAGCUUGAGGAGUUCCUCACCGAGACCCACCAGCUCUCUCCGGCUAAGGUGGUGAAGAACUCCACCGUGAGGCGGAAGAAGAGGCCGCUACCACACCUGCGAAGCCAGCACCUGGACGAGGCGCUCAGCCCAGUUACCACGCCGACGGACGACGAAGUGAUCCAGAGGAUCAAACAAGUGGCAGGAUCCACACAGACCAGACACCAGAGUCCAGAGCACCAUCACCUGUCCAGCGGCCUCGCGCUGUACAGUGUCUCCAAACUGCUGCUCAUCAUCAGCUUUGUGAUCUGUUUAAGCUUGGUGCUGCUGGUGUUCCUCAACAUGAUGCUCUUCUACAAGCUGUGGAUGCUGGAGUACUCAGCACAGUCCUUAACAACAUGGCAGGGUCUACGGCUACACGAAAGUAAACUGCCUCAGACGCAGAUGGAGUGGGCCCAGCUCCUGGAGUCGCAGCAGCGUUUCCAUGACACGGAGCUGCAGAAGUGGAGAGAGAUUAUAAAGUCGUCAGUGGUGCUACUAGACCAGAUGAAAGACUCUUUAUUGAACCUCCAGAGAGGCAUCGGUUUAAAUGACUUGAGCUCGGAUGCUGAAGAGGAGAGAAGUCGUUACCACUAACACACCACCACGAGGCCAUGAGGGCGUGCUGUGCAAUAUAGGACCUGUUUUGUUUGUGAACCAGAAUGCAGGCAGCAGCGAGUCAGAGCGAGGAGCAGGACCAACGGUGAGCUGGUCCAACAGAGACAAAGAGAGGACCGAGGGGAACCAGCGCACAGAUGGUGAAAACCCCCUGAGGAGGAAGUCAUUGACAGAAAGUGCCCCUAUCACACACAGGAACUGAGGUGUCCCCAACAUCACUGAGGCAUUGGAGGAAGGUGCAAGUCUCUUCUCUAAACUUGUGGGAUAACCGUUUUCUUUUACUCUCUGUAUGUCCAAGUGCACCCUACUGUAAGCCAUGUCGACCAGGAGAGUAGCAGAGAGGACGAAGGGAAUCUACUGCAUGCAUUUAGACAACCUAGCUCUCCUCAGUCAGUGUAAAUGUGGUCCAGUUCCAGUCUAUGUGUGUCAAAAAAGAAGAACAGAAGAAGAUGAGAGACCAAGUCUAAGAAGAGGGGGGGUCCUUUCGAGUCUUAAUGGCUUUCUACACUCUCUCGACUGUUCCAAACCAAUCGUCCCCAAGAGGGCCUCGCUGCAGCGUCCCUUUAAUAAACCUCCAGCCAAUCAGAGUGCAGUAUCGCGCCACAACUGAAAAGCAAAGGAAGUAUUGUAGCUGGAGGCUUGCUGCCUGGUCAGGGCUGGUUCCCUGUCAGAGCGCAAUGGUGAAAUAUUUAGAAGUAGAAUCUAUAGCUUGAGACCUAAACCAGUAUUUUUACCUUCAUACACAGUUCACAUGAUCAGUUGCCCCUGCCUCAGUGUUCGAUUCCAUACAGUACGUUAUUCCUCAUCUUUCUAAUCAAGUCGAAUGUAUUAUGUAGCCUGAACAAAAGGCCAGAAGGAGUUAUUCUUCUUUGAAAAAGGGAUGCUGCAGCCAGACCAGUAGGGAGACCUGUGUUCUUACUUGUUUUAUUACUAAACUGUGACUAUAUCUCUUGAAAAAUGUUUCAAAUUAGAAAG